AUUGCUUUGGGCUCAUUUUAAACAGUAACUUUACUUGGAAGAUGAAACUCUCUGUACACAGGAACAGUAUGUCUGUAUCUGUCAACUUCGGAAGAUAAAAACAUGGUAAUUAAAACCACAACUUAAAAAGCAUUGGUGUUCACUGUCAAAUAACGGCUAGUCAGCUAAUAGGUGUUGGAAAAUAAUUAAAAAUGUUCUUAUUUUGGGGUAUCUGCUCUCUCCGUUUUAUGCAACGCUAUGUUUGUGCUCUACUCUAUAUUAGAAGUAAUGCACUUUUAAUUACUUAAUGCUUGUGAGUUGAUGGUAGCUCCAUAAUACACUUACUUUUCUCCUUUUUUUGACGUUAUGAUUGGUCUGUUUGCACAAUAUUUCACAAUAAUUAGAGAAGAUUAGAAAAGAAUCCAAACUAUGAAUUUAAUGUAAUUUAAAGAGGCACUGAGGUCCGCUACCCAGCUUUAAACAAUAGCUGUCAUAAUGCGAAAUAUUUAAAGCAGGUUAUAACUUGUGCCGUGUUAUUCUUUUUUUUACUUCAAACACUCUAAGGAGACACUAUUCUGCAAGGACAGAGAUCAAGCUGUAAUUAAAAGAGGUAAACGAAUGAAAAGGAGGAAAAUAUUAGCUCAGAUGAUUUCUAAAUGGGUUUGCACCCUGCUCCUCUGCAGCCUUUAUAAGCACCCAGUGCGAAUUUCUGCCUCAUUAUUUGAACAUAAUUUGCAUAUUGAUAUUAAUCCAACAUGCAGCAGCCAUAAAUGAGAUCAGGAUUCAGUCGGUGUAAAAACCGCAUGUCCACAUGGAUCCAUUUACAAACCCGCAGCCUACAAGAACAAUAGAGCAGAGAGAGGACAGUAUAGGAGCCGCAGACCCAGUGAGCCUGAACCACAGCAGCCAGGUCAUCAAGCUGCUCCCUGUUUCCAUGUGUCAGCACACAAGAUGAAGUGUGGUGCUGCUGCUGCUGUGCAUGGACCAAGCCAGCUACUGAACAGUCACACGGCAUCAGGACGGAAAGACCGCAUGAACCGCGAUCCGGAAGGUUUUGUAGAAAAUGUAUCUUUAGAAUCGAGCGUUUCAACAUUAAAAUUGUACUUUGACCAAAAUUGAUGUUUGUUGGCAAACCUCGACACAGUAAAUCCAUCAGAUGCAAAUAAUAAAAAAAAGGAUUCAACUCUCAGUUUUCUGGAUAUGCAACAUUUAUCAUAUCUGAUCCCAGUCUCUAGAGUGAGUGGUUCUCUACAUAUCCUGUGAUUAUUGAAUAUUAUUUGUUUCUAAACAGGUGAUUUUUAUAGCGAAGCAAUUCAAUAAAAAGAGGGAAAUAAUGAAAACUGUUCAUUGUAUGCCUUUAUUCAUUUAUUUUUUUAGUUUUGUACUCUAAGUUUUGAAAGGGACCUAUGCCGUAUUCGACUGUCAACCUGGCAAACAACACCUGGGAGGGAAAAACACCUACAUUACCCUCAUUGAUUAGUCACACUUUGAGCGAUAAAAUGCUAAUUUACUGUUCAGUUCCGUUGGGCCAAGGAAAAACCAAGGUUGAACCGAGUCUGACUCUCAAACAGAGUCAUUCUGACACCAAUAACAGUGUACGUGAUUGUGCCAAAAAUGCCAUAUGUUAGCCACUACGGCAGUCACUGAUCAGAUAUCAUACUUUUUUAAGUCAUCCACCAAAAGCACUGCCUCUCUCUCCAAUUUUAAAGCAAGUCUAAAAGACAACCUCGUAGAUGCCACAGCUUAGUUGUGACAGAAAACACUGUGCUGCUACAGAAAGUGUAGAGUCAAAGCGAGCAAAAAGUCAGAAAUCAGUCAUGUAAUUUAAGGUUAUUCAAAGCUGACAGAUUAAAACUAUAAAAAGACACAUUACAAAGUUCUGUGUUGUAAUUGCAAAUGGUAUCUCUGGGUAACUCCAUCACCCAAUCAAUCUUCUGGUCUAGGUGCAAUGAGAAUAAUGGUUUCUAAACAUCUAUACAGAAGACUUUAUCACCCUCAUCUGCAUGGUCAUUUGAAGGCUGAUCAAUCAUGAUCAGCUCCUGUUUGUUGUCCCUGUUCUACAAUGAUACACAGUCCCUGACAAUUACAAACCUGGAUAGCAGCAGGCAGGGAAACGGUACGGUACAGGGACUAAGCUGCAAGAUGAUAUCCCUUCUUAUGUUCUCUCUGAAGGCAACACACACUGAAAUCCAGUCACAAUCACACACACUCGCACGUGUACGCAAAGCUCUCAGAGUGUUUAUCCUGAUGACACUGUCCAGAGCUUAUUAGCUUACCACUCUGUCACACACAUGAAUGAUGUGGCAGCAGCAGCGAGAUUGGAGGAAAAGGUUAGCAGGGAUAAGCUGCGGUGUUUUCGAGUGUCACAGAUGCAGUAUGUGAUCUUUUGGGUGUGUGUAUAUGUGUACUGGUGGGAUCAGAUAAAGAAGUUUUGGUGCCAUGAUACAUAAGAAACAAGGUCACCAGGAUGUAAGAAUCAGAUACCUGUUUCCUUGACUGUGAAAUGAGUUAGGUGCCUUUUGCAUGGUGAGUGGAUUUCACAGUUAAGCUUGUAGGGUGGUGGGUCUCAGCCUAGCACCUGGAGAAACACUCUUGUUUUUACAAUGGUCACUGAAAAUGACAGAUUUGACAAUUGAAACUCAGCAGGAUGAUUUUUUUGCUAGAAGACAGUAUUUGAGCAUAAAGAGGACAGGAUAAGCGAAGGUGGCGCCAGAGUUUAUACAAACCAAAAGUUCAUAACAGGAGCUUUAACUUUGAUUUUAAAACACAAGAAAAAAGCAAAAGUCAUGCUUGAAAUAUGUGAUUAGAACUGAUUUCUUAUAUUUUGCUAGUUUUUUUGGUGGUGGGGGCAUUGGGGUAUUGGCUACUGCCUUUGUUACUCAUGAUGUAUUUUUGAUAUCAGUAUAAAAAAAACCUUUUGAAAUCAUUUCAGAUUAGCUUCACCAACAUUUCUAGUAGAGAUACAUUUGGUUCUCAAGGGUCCAGUUGUGGAAGGAGAUAGAGAUGCACUGAUCCAUUUUUUUUUUUGCGAUCCGAUACCGAUACCGAUACCUGGGCUAAGUGUAUCGGCUGAUAUCCGACACCGAUCCAAUACUACUGUUGAGUAAUUGAACUGUAUACCUUACACUGUGAGUGAAAGCAUCAGGCUUGACAUAAGCCCUGUUAAAUAAGGUAACAAAUGAACACAGAUAUAAAUUUACUUAAUAUUAUUUAUCAACAAAUAACAAAUUGCACAUUAGUACACAGCAUAAAAAGUAAGACUCUAGUUUCUUUAGUUUUUAGUACAAAUGCUUUAAAACUGGCAGUUUGAAAAAAAUACCAAACAAGUCGUGAUAAUAAUCAAGAUCAGACGAUACGAUAAAAUAUAUUGUGAUAAUUUUUUUUGGCCACAUCGCCCAAGCCUAAUAGACAGACAUAGAAUAUUGAGCGAACAGAAUCACUGUGUUGCUGUGUACGAAACAUAGACUAUACUGUAGACAACUUGGUUCCACCUCCCGCCUGUAUACGGAUUUGAAGCCAAAAAGCUCUCGGUAUUUCUGGGAUUUUUCUUCAUUUCCUGAAACCAGCGCUGUGCAGUAGCGUUGUGCGCAUUCGCAGAGAGAGUCGCUGUGACGACGCUUGGCUCACGCAAUCCCUGAACCCCAAUAGGCUGUAUCAAGUGUCAGUCAUAGAAAACAUGAACCCCCCAAUAACUUUUAAAAACGGAGCCGUACAGAAAAAAGAGGAUUUGAGCACAAACCAGUUUUACUGUAACUACAUGUCAACAUUGCAAGCAGGGGGGAGAAAAAUUUAUGUUCUGUGUAAUAAAUUUCUACAGCGUGUCCACAGCUCCAUAAGGAUUGCUGGAGGAGGUGGGAUUUAUGACCUAUACCGCAGCCUGUCAACAGAGGGUGCUAUUCUCAGAGGGGCUUCACCCAGUGAGGAGGCAGACGGCAUCCAUUCUGUAUACAGUCUAUGAUAUGAAAUGAAUUAAAAGAAGAAAUAAAAAGACUGGAUCGGAACGCUGGAUCGAUGUCAUUCAUCAGAUAUCCGAUGCAGUUAAUUUGUCAAUAUUGGAGCCGAUAUCCAAUCCAAAUAUCAGAGAGUAGUGCUUACAUCAUUCGAUAUAUAGACAAACCUUCAUGUAGCUUUUUGAUUAGACUGAUACACCAAAACAGACCGAUUUCCAGUAAAACAAUACUAAAACCUGCUGUAUUAAUCAAUGAGUCUAAUAGGAGACGUGUAUGUGCAUCAGGUAGACUAUGCAGGGCAGAACAUCUGCAUGGUUGAAGACUGUCAUAGGUGGAUAAACACAGGAGCCAAUCUAACCAUAACUCGAAUAAAAAUAGCUCUUCAUGAAGGUAGACAGUGACUCCAACCAUCCUCAGCCUUGGACCUUAUUUCAUUUGGUAUUUAGACAAACCUCCAUGUAGCUUUUUGAUCAGACUGAUACACCAAAACAGACCGAUUUCCAGUAAAACAAUACUAAAACCUGUUGUAUUAAUCAAAGGAUCUAGCUAAUAGGAGAGGUGUAUGUGUAUGUAUCAGGUAGGCUAUGCAGGACAGGACAUCUGCAUGGUUGAAGACUGUCAUAGGUGGAUAAACACAGGAGCCAAUCUAACCAUAACUCGAAUAAAAAUAGCUCUUCAUGAAGGACGACAGUGACUCCAACCAUCCUCAGCCUUGUGGUUUCGCUCUUGAAAAAGCCUGUAAUCCUAUUGACUGGGUUUCCUUGGACACGGCAGCUCAUUAUCCAGGCCUUCCUUCUCUUGCUGCUGCUGCUGCUGCUGCUUGAGGAUAGCUGAACAACAGGCCUACAUACUCUGCAGACGACUAUAGGACUCGGCUGGAUCAACAUCUGUGCCCAAAAUGACACAUCAUCUCCAAAUGUCCCGGCUUCACACGCCAUUAUGAUUGUGUAACAUAAAAAAAAACAAAAAACAGUGAGGAGUGUCAACACGGACAUGACACAGAGCAGCAUGCAGGGCUGUCAGCGAUAAAUACAGUUUACAGGCUAAUGAAUGAGCCGUGUCUGUGUUGGCAUGUUGGACAGCAGACGAAUAAAAAAAGAAGAGGCUUCAGUAUCAUGGGACAGUAAUGUCACUGUUUUUGCUCUAAGAGGCCUGUGCUAGGUUAGUUCCCACGUUGACUUGAUAGGGAAUAACAAGCUCUUUCUUGGGCCCAUCCGUAGGCUUCAGGCUCAAACACUGAUGUUACAUUUUGAAAAUAGCUUACACAUAUUUAAUAAGCGGAUAAAAACAAUUCUCCUACCUGGACUCCUUUCCCAUAAUCAGUGCAGCGUCACUAUCGUCGCCCUCCCUCCGAAUCCGUAACCGUAAAAGUCAACCGUGUGUUAUCAGCUAAUUAAAAUCUUAAUAGACCACCGAGGACAAAUACACGGAGACCAACGUCCAACGCAGUCCUGCCAUCCUCCUGUCGCCGUUUCAUCCGGGCGGUAGCGCCGCGUCGCACCGCUGCUCGCGAGCCUAUGCACGCGGAGAGGCUCGUGUGUGUGUGUGUGUGUGUGUGUGUGUAUGUGUGUGUGUCUGGCAGUGAAUUAGAGGACACCGAUAUCGCUGCGGGAAUCCGCUAUAAGAACCAUGGCAGCCGCGCGAUAGAGCUUACAGUUCAUCGGGGAUUUUUGGGUCCAAACAGCAGCAUCAAUCAUCGCGAGUAAAUCACACGGAAUGGCUGGCGUUCGGUGUGUUCAGCAAAGCACGAGGAAUACCCGACCAAUCAGGUGAAAGGAUGAGACUUGAUUGACAGGUCAGUGACCAAUAGUCACUUCAGACAGCGAGGUUGUUUUAAAGGACAAGAGAAAGGGGCAAUCAGAGGAGAGCUUUAUUCUGCAGGGAGGCGGAUCUCGCAGGUGUCAUACAGCGGUGCCGGCUUUGGAGGAUUUAUCUGUACAUAGCAACUGAAUGAUAAUGUAGAUUGUGUUAUGAAAAUCAAGUUCUGAUCAAAAAAGAGACUGUUAAGUAAUACUGUUAAUCAAUUACUGCUGCUGUGUUAAUUAUUAUAUCCUAAACCUGUGCAAUACAUGUUCAUAUACAUAUAAGAAAAUGUACAUAUAUACAUAUAUUCAUAUAUUCAAACACACAUACAUAAAUGUAUUUUUGAUAAUUCUCUUUAGUAUUUAUCUUUCUAUUUUAUUCUUAUACAUACGUUUUAUUUCACUGUUCUGUAGAAUUCUUGUCUUGUAUAUAUUGUACCUUCUUUCUUACAACUAUUUGUACUUUUACUACCUUAUUUGUACUUGUCUAUUGCACUGGAAAAGGAGAAGCUCCCCAAUCUCGUUGUACUUUUAGAAUGAUGACAAUAAAGGACAUUCUGAUUCUGAUUCUGAAAUUCUUAUAGAAUUGGAGUUAUAUAAAUUCAAUCAAAAGCAAGACCUCAAAAUAAGAAUAAAGUUUGAUUGAUAGUCAGGGCUAAUUCAAGUGUUUUCCGCUUUCAACCCCCCCUUUAAUUGCAUUUUCUUUUUUCUUAACUAUUUAUGUUUUUAUUUUUGUUCCUCAUGGUCUCAUUUUAUGUUUGUCUUAUGAAAAUGGCCUUCAAUUCCAUUUUAAAUGAUCUUUUGUUUUUAUGUCUUUUUCCAUGAACUUUAUGACUAUAUGUCAAAGCACUUUGUAAACAUCUGUUUUUAAAAGUGCUAUAAAAAUAAAAUCAUUAUUAUUAUUAUUAUUAUAAAAAUUUAACUAUUCCUCUAACUGCCUCAAUUAAUUAUUAUUAUCAUUAUUUAAAAAUUGAUACAGAAUUUUUUCUAAGCUUGUGUAUUCUGAGAUAUAUUUAUUAAAGCUAUAAAGUGGAUGUAAAGAAGCAAGUUCUGUUUUCAAAAUGCAUGUAGUCAAAAUAAACGGUGACAGGACACUUGCUGAAGAGUUAUAUAGCUCAUGUUUGCAGAAAAUGUGAGUUCAAAUGAAAAAAUUAUAAUGUAAAUUGUAAAACCUGUAUUGUAAAUGGAAAUUCGAGUUAUUUUAUCAGUAUAUGGCAUUAUUGAGAAAAAAGUCAAAGUGACCAUUUGAUCUUUUAAGGAACAGUCGUGGAUAUUCGAUUCACCACAUAUUUUAAAGAAGCACAAUAUUAAAACCUGAAAAUACUCUGAAUUAUAUUCGCGCCAUCAUUAUCUGACUACAUCUUGUUACUCCACCGCCAUCAAGUGGACAGAUCGGGUAAUGCAGCUAGAUUAUUAAAAUAGAUUAUCUCGCAUGAGAGCGUACUCAGCGCUGCAUUACAGAAACAGUAGGGACAAAAAUAAUAAUUUUUAGUAAUUUUUUUAGUUAUUAGUUUAGUAUUUUUAACCUCUUUUCCCUGACAGGUCACCGUCCAUUUUAUAGAUGUAGAUGGGGUUUCCCUCUGCGUUGGUGCCGCUGUCUACUCAACUGAUGCCUUCAGGUACUGUUAUAAAAAUGCAAUUCAAUACUAUUGCUCCACUAUAAGGACAUCGAUCACUCUAAUUAUGUUGACGUACACCAAAAUAAGUGUAUAUGAUUCUAUUUAACUAUAUUAAGUCAAAAAAGAGCAUAUUAUCGAUUCGUCUAAAAAUAAGGUAAUUUUACACAGAUUGUAAGGGUAAGUUUAAUGAAAGUUUUCCAUCUCAAAAGUCCUUCCAGUGUGUAAUUAUGUAAAAUCGAAAUAAACAACCUUCCAGUAGUUGUUUGUUCCUACAUUUAUGGUUCUGUUUUGAGAAACUCAUCUUACAUAUUUACGUACCGAGCCAACGUCAGACUCAUCAUCAGAUUUCCCUGGUGUACCUGAAAGCACCUCCCGGCUGCGCUCACCCCCCCUCCGCACUCAUCGCUGUGAACACUCGCUCGUAGAUAUCACGCAUUUUCACACCGGUGCGCCACUUAACAUCACACCAAGGUAAUGCUCGCUAUAUUAUUCUUUCGAACAUAAAAUACACCAGAAUAUUUGUUUGAUUUGUUGUUUUUAAAAUGAAAUGUUUAGGCCUUCGUCGUCGCAGUUAAAGUUGGGAGUUUAUGUUUGCUUCGUUAGCUAACAUGCUACAGCCGCACUAAUGUUACCUUCGAAUGAGACACGCUAACUAUAACCUUAACUUAUGUAGUUGUAGUUUUGGCUGGAGUUUUAUGACCACUCCAGCACAAAAAUACAAAUUGUUGCAUAUUAGCAGUACAUAAAUGAAAAGUUCAUUCGUAUAAUUUAAUGAAAAAUGAAGUCGUGUGUCCGGUUUAACUAUUAGCUGCUAGCAUGCUAGCUAGCAUGUUUGAAUGAAGGAGAUGAAUCCAUUGUGUGCGCGGCUGAUGUCUGCCGGGUCAUACUAAACGGCUAGCUGAUGAAUCACCGGCCUACUAUUUUGUUUAAAACCAAAUCAGUCCACAUAUAAAAUUUGUUCUUGCAUGAUGUUUUGAAAGAGUUAGUGAAAGCUUUAUUCUUUAGGAGUGGGUUUGCAGAUACGGGUCACGGUUGCGGCCUGCUAAUAUUAGCCAAAUGAAGCAUGAUGCUAACCAGUAUCGUAUUAAGGACAGCUGAUUGGCUUUGGGAUCAUAGCAGUGCGGUUAUUCCUGAUAGUUGAUAUCCCCAAUGUAAAAAGCCAGUGCGCACUGAUUUAAAGAUUUUUGAUUUUCACCGCGUAUUUAGAUUUUGACAUCUUUGAAUUUAAGAGGAUUUGACUUAUUUUAUUUCAUUAAAGUUACGAGGCAUAGACUUUCAGAUAUAGGGGAGACUGGGGUAAGUUGAGCCACCCCCUGUUGUUUGGAAAUGGUCAAAGAAAUUGAUCAUGUGACCAAAAAUUUAGGAGAUGAGCAUCAAUUCAUGGAGUCUGUUAAAGUUAGAAGCACAUGGGUGAAGAGGUUAGACAUUUAUUUGAUGGAUGGAUAUGGCUCAACUAACCCAGCUCCUAUGGUCAACUUACCCCAUACGCGGGUUAAGUUGACCAUCGGAGACCACUUUUUUUGGCAUGCUAAAUUAUCAAGGCAGUUAUGUUUACACUCAUUCUGUUGGUUUGCAGGGAUGAACAACAUAUUGAAAUAUAUUCAGAUACACUAGUUAGAGACAAAACUAUGAUUGCCUUGAUGUAGUGAUCCGAAAUAUUAAAAAAUGGCUCAUCUUACCCCACUCUCUCCUACUUGCUUUUCCCUUAGAUGGCUGAGACAGACGUUGAUAAUGAACUUUUGGACUAUGAGGAAGAUGAGGAGCCUCAGGGAGCCCCCGAGAGUGGCACCUCCACAAACAAGAAGGAGGUGAAAGGAUCCUAUGUGUCCAUCCACAGCUCAGGCUUCAGAGAUUUCCUCCUCAAACCCGAACUUCUCCGUGCCAUUGUGGACUGUGGUUUUGAACAUCCCUCAGAAGGUGAACAGCCAGAUUAGGAUUGUCCUAAACCUGAUUAAAAUUGAUACUUUAUCUCAUUUUAAACUGACUUACUGAGCGUUUGCUAUGCUUCUCCCCUUUUUAAAAUGUUGCAUCUCAGUAAUUGGCUCUUGCUUCAUCCACAGUCCAACAUGAGUGUAUUCCCCAAGCGAUCCUUGGCAUGGACAUCCUCUGUCAGGCCAAGUCUGGUAUGGGAAAGACAGCCGUGUUUGUACUCGCCACUCUGCAGCAGAUAGAGCCAGUGGAUGGACAGGUGAGUUGGAUUGUGACUUGUCUUUCAUGCUGAGAAAGAACAUAUCUGUCCUUUUACUGUGUAUACUGUAAGCUUACAACAUUUGGAUUAAGGGGAAUAAAUGGAAAACUUUGACAAGAGCUUUACCAUCAAACAAGGUCUCUUUGGUCUUUCUACUUUCAGUUAGAUUGUUCCAGCUCUACAGUGCUUUUUAAAUGUUGAGCUUUAAUUAAUAGGAAGGCCUGUGCUCUUCACCUGGUUAAACUAACAACAGCAGCAGUGUCAUUUUCUGCUGGGCUCGGUGCCUGUUACACGGGGUGUAAACAUUUUCCUGACAGGUGUGUCCACAAUGAGCAGAGUGAUUUUGAAUAUUAGAUUGAUCAAAGUCAAAUAGUUUACGCAACUGUUAUCUAUCUUAAAUAUUUAUUUUCAUUGGGUUUACCUGGGCUGGUUGUUGUGGAGUCAAACAGAUGACCUCCAUUAGGAUUAUGAAAUAAAAUAUUGUGAUUUCUUGUGUGCUAGGUGUCUGUCCUCGUCAUGUGCCACACACGAGAGUUGGCCUUCCAGAUCAGCAAAGAGUAUGAGCGUUUCUCAAAGUACAUGCCCACCGUCAAGGUGUCCGUGUUCUUUGGCGGCAUGGCCAUCAAGAAGGACGAGGAGACCUUGAAGAAGAACUGCCCUCACAUCGUCGUCGGGACUCCAGGACGUACCUUGGCCCUCAUCCGUAACAAGAACCUCAGCGUUAAGAACAUCAAACACUUUGUGCUUGAUGAGUGUGAUAAGAUGCUGGAACAGCUGGGUAAGAAAGAUAAACACAUUUGUUUCCAAGCUGACUAAUGUCUUUUCAUUCUUCUUCUUUGUGUCUCUUAAGUCUUUUUUUAAAUUACCACAUUUUAAAAAGUUUUACAGAAAUAAAGCAUGCAUGUAAGGAUGAAUUCAUACAUAAAUAAUCUUAAAAAUUGUUUUUAAUUUUUUGGCAGAUAUGAGGGGUGAUGUCCAGGAGAUCUUCAGGGUGACACCUCAUGAGAAGCAGGUGAUGAUGUUCAGUGCAACGCUAAGCAAGGACAUUCGCCCCGUCUGCCGCAAGUUCAUGCAGGAUGUGAGUAGUAACCCGGAUUUCCUGCAGAUUGAGAUUGAAUUGAUUUUUCACAACUGUAUAACUGCUAUGUAGUUCAAAGUCCCUUUGAGCUUUGCCCACUUGUAGCUGUCAGUGCCAUAAGUGGCCAUAACAGAGGGGCAAAGUGAUCCUCCUUAGCAGAUUUGGUUUGUUCUGGACAGUCAGUCCUUCUGGCCCUGCUGCAGUCUAGGAGAACAGAUUCUGUGAUUUGUGACGAUAAAACUCAGCAACUUUAGGGCCUUUGUGGAGCGCAUAGAAGCAUAAACCAAUGGAAACAUCAGAGUGGCGUCUUUUCCACUGCUUUGACUUUCCUCUACAUUAAGCUAAUGUUUGGUUCCUCUCUUGUGCUGUGCAGCCGAUGGAAGUAUUCGUAGAUGAUGAGACCAAGCUGACCCUCCAUGGCCUGCAGCAGUAUUACUGCAAGUUGAAGGACAGCGAGAAGAACCGCAAGCUCUUUGACCUGCUCGAUGUGCUUGAGUUCAAUCAGGUAUAUUAUCUACUCUUUGAUGACUCUGAUUCUGGUUCAGUUCUGUACAUAUUAACUGAGUAUUGGCACAGAAGUGACUAAUCUUGUAACUUAGAGUUAUGAGUCAUUGUCCCCUAGAGGAAGGUAACUUGAUUUGUUGGUAUCUUAUAUUUUCACACUCUCAGCAAAUCAUAAAAAAGUACUUUCUUUUGUUUGGUUGUAGGUGGUGAUUUUUGUGAAGUCAGUGCAGCGCUGUGUAGCUCUGUCUCAGCUGCUGGUGGAGCAGAACUUCCCUGCUAUCGCCAUCCACAGGGGAAUGGCCCAGGAGGAGCGGUAUGUGCUGCUAUCUUUGUUGUGUUAAUGUUGCCGGUCUAUAUUUCAGACUUUUCAUUUUAAAAGUAGGAUUCUAUUUUCAACAACUUCCAGCCUGAUAAAUAUUAGUCUAAUUAUCACAUCUGGGGAGGAGGUCAUUAACAGGAUUGUGUGGGAAUGCAGAUUUUGUGUUCUGUCCCUCUCACUCUUGAAUAUCAUCUUUUGUAUCCCACUUCUAGAUUAUCUCGCUACCAGCAGUUUAAAGACUUCCAGCGGCGGAUCCUGGUUGCUACCAACUUGUUUGGCCGGGGGAUGGACAUCGAGCGAGUCAACAUUGUCUUCAACUACGACAUGCCAGAGGAUUCUGACACUUACCUUCACAGAGUCAGUUCAGCUUUAAUGUUAAUGUUUGAUAUACCUCAUAUCUGUAUGUGUAGGAUGACAAUCACAUGGAUGCAGUACAGUUACUUUAUAGUUGGGGGGCGGGAGAUCCACAUGAGGAAAACACUCCUUUGUUGCAAAUGCAUUGACUUUUAAUUGAUGCUAGCGUUAACAAACGGUCAUGUUUGAUGCAUAGAUACAUAAACUAAACAGACCAGGAUUAGAUCGUUCAUACACUCUGACAAACUCGAAGACUCAAACCAGUCCUAGAAAUCUUUUGCUUCCUAGUUAAAUCACCUGAUAUGAGACAGUAUCUCUCAAGCUGAGCUUUGGCUGAGUAAACCCAAACCCUAACCUUGAAACUUGAAGUGUGCGAGUUAAUGCAGAAGGUCACACAGCAGCUCUUCAGUGUUGUGGUUAUUCUUCCCAGAGGGAAACCACAACACCUCUUAGUCCAUAAUAAGGCAGUGGAAACACGGUCUUCUGUGGAGGUCGUGUUGCGGCAAUGAAUUUACACCGGGGAAUAUGAAUUGAAAAUGCAGAAACUAGAGUUGAAUAGUACAGGGAGAAACUGCUCUGGAAUCAACUCAAAUCUGGAUGUGAUUAUAAGCUGUCAUUGCUUUAUAAAAACAGUGGGUCCUUGUUGCAUUGUCCCUUAACUUUUGUGUGUUCUCCAGGUGGCCCGUGCCGGCAGGUUCGGGACCAAAGGCCUUGCCAUUACCUUUGUGUCGGAUGAGACUGAUGCCAAGACCCUGAAUGAGGUCCAAGACCGAUUCGAGGUCAACGUUGCAGAGCUCCCAGAUGAGAUUGACAUCUCCUCCUACAGUAAGUCCUGAAGUCUCUCAGGAGUUGUCUUAUUAGGAUUUUCCUGUGGAAUGACAGAAGUUGAGGACACCAUGUUUCAGGCUCUGAGGGUGUCCAACAUGUUUAAAGUGGUUGUGGCCGUUUAAACACUUACCAAUGCUUCAUCUACUUUAAUUAUUAAUAGAAAUAACCUAUACUAUCCCUGUCCAAGCCAAAAUUCCUAAGAGCAUCUCGGUUAUUCUGAUUGUGUGAAUAAAUAUUUGAAAGGGUGAGAAGUAGACGAAGCGAAGUCCUUCUAAGCUUUGCCCACUUGUGGCUGUCAGUGCCAUAAGUGGCCAUAUCAGAGGGGCAGAGUGAUCCUCCUCAGCAGAUUUGGCUCGGUCAGGACAGUCAGUCCUCCUGGCUCUGCUGCAGUCCAGGAGAACAGAUUUAGACAAUACAACAGUCAGAGCAUCACUGCACAAAAACAUUGAACUGUGACACGGUCUGAAUAGCCUCUGUAUAAACUGUAAAGUACAUCACAACCCUUUUUCCUUGCUUUGUCUUUAACCUCGUCUUCAAACUCUCUUUGUUCACAGUUGAACAGUCCAGAUGAGUCUGAAGCGUCUCUACAGGGAAGAUAGUGUGUGUGACCCUUGGUGUUGCUGUAUUCAGCGGGAGAAAAACGAAACCAACAAUUAUUUUAAAGCCCCCCUCCAUUAAUUAAUGUUGACAAGUUGGAAAUGAUACUUUUUUUUUUUUUUAUGACGUCUCUGCAGAUUGGUUGUUUUAGUGCUUUCCUUGUUUAAACAUGACAAUGUUUGGGUUGAAGAAGAAAUAAACUUUUUAUACCUCAGUGAGUUGUUCUGGAUUUUAUUUGCAUUUACAAACAUUUAAGUGCAUCACAAAGUCACAUGAGAUGUUCACUUUCUCAAUGUUGGUAUAAAAAAAAAAAUCACUUUUAACUGUAAUUAAUUUCCUCACAAGUAGAUGGCGCUAUCCUCUCAGUUUGAGCAUCUGUACACUUUUUUGGCAAACCUUUAGAUACUUUGAACUGGCUGCCAAGUUACCACUAGACGUUGUGUCAAAAUAAAACCUCAUGAAACUGGAGCUCAGCAGCCGGUUUUAUAACCUGUAUGGACAGUUAUAUAGUGGGUCUUAAUCCACAGGCGUUUAAAACAUUAGAAAAAAGAAACUUGGAUCACAAAAUAUAGAGUGAGCUCCAAAGAGGUUCUGUCAUAAAAGACUGUUUAAGACAUUUUAAGCUCUUGUCUGCAUUAAAAACUCAAAAACAACAUUCGAUUUGGCCUCGAGGAGCUGUUGUCUGUUUUGAAGAGUGUCUCAAACAUUUAACAGCCUGAAAUUGAUCUGCAUCGCAAUGUAAAUGAACCUUUAACGGCUUGUCCUGUCAGCCUGCCAAACAGGUUAAAUCAGAUAAGGCUACAUGUCAUAACAGACUCAUUAUAUAAAAUUUGAAUGGAAAAACUCGUCCACUUUUUUCUCAACGCUCUGAGAAUGGUCAGAUUUCUGAUUGCACCUCAAAAGUUGUUCUUCUCUCAUCCUGGAGUUAUCACAGUGCUCUUUGUGUGUGGAGCCACCCGUCAGUGUUGAGCAUGUGAGGUGAUAGUUGUCCACUGUUGUCGAAGUUUUUCUUGCUGAGUGUCAGUGCUAAACAAAGUGCUCUGUUGCUUUUGUAGUUUUUCUCCUCUUAGACUGAUCUGAGGGUCAAAAACCCUCCACACCUCAACCAGCAAUCAGUCCACAGUGGAGGAAGUCAAGGGGUGCUUCAGGGCUCUAAUUUAGGCCCCUUGUCUGUUUGGACAAGAACAGGCAAGUGUACAAUCCACUCCUGUCAUACAGUAAUAUAACCAUAAGCUUGCCUUUGUGAUUGUCAACAAAACUUAAGCAGCUCUUCCUGCUCGUAGUCUAGCAGUCAGGUGGAUUUGUGAGGUUUCAGAGUCCCAUGAGAAAAACGGCUCCUUGUCUGGAGGCGUCUUCCUUCGUCACCUUCAAAGUUGACCUCAUGCUGUUUACGUGAAAACAAAGUCUUCCACAGUUCUAGUCGAUGAACUUGUGUGUGUCUCCGUACAUCCAGUGUUGCGGAGGGAGCGCCACUUCAUUUAAGUGGCCGCAGUCAUCGCUGCAUUUACAUGACUGGAUGAACAUGGCCAGCCUUUGGAAACGCUCGCCAUCCGGGCAGACAAAUAUCACAGGCAGAGUGCGUGUGCGGCGUGGCGAGCAGCAGCGGUUGUCUGUGCAGACGCCACAGUAGUUGGGCCUGUAAAGACGGGCGCUCAAACACUCUCCGUAGGACAGGCGGGUGGGCUCGGAGGCUUUCUGGGCUGGAGAGCACUUCUUCCCUUUCUGUAACUGGAGGAUCAGGUAAAAAAAAAAAAAGGUGAAGUUUAAAGGUCUUGAUGAGGAGUUUUAAGCCAAACAAGUGAUAUGACCAUUUUGAGCUUAGACUCAAAUGUCCUUUUACGUAACGUCAAAUUUAAGCGGCUUGCAUCCAAACUCAUUACUUCCAUAUUAAGAGGACUGCACUUCAACUUGUUGUGCCCAAACUGGGAUUAAGAGAUGGAUUAUUUUUGGAUUUAAGAGAUCAAUUAUAAGAUUACGCAUCUAUUCAACAUUUUAGUGUGCCUUCCUGUUAAACACACUGACACCUGAUUGGUCUUGGCUUCAGAGAUUUUAACUCAGUGAAGCAGAGAAAAGGCCUUUGAGUGUUUCUCCAACAUGGAGGAUUAAUAUAGACACACCACAUCCCUGGACUCUGAGUACACAGACGGGGCCUAGCUAUGGACAGUUGCUUGGCAGGAAUGCCGGGGGUGGGGGACUAUAUUUAAAAAGGCGCCUGCCUGCCACCAAAACACGGCUGUGUAAAUCAGCACUGCCCGGUUCCCACUGGAUGUGGCGCUUCCCCAAAGUACCGCUGAGAUAAUCUCUGUUCUUAAACUGGAGAUAAAGAUGGCUUUGGCACGAAGAGCAUAUUUACUCUGAACAAGACCAUCUAAUUUUUCAUUCUUUGCCGCAUGAAUUCAACAUGUUCAGUCUCUGGUUAAAGAGGGAAACAAGGAAGCAGCUAUUUUGUUUCUUCAAGUGUCGUCAGACACAGUUUGAAGGUGAAUUACUUCCUUGUUUUUAAGUGUUAUUACAGAGUGUCAAAGUUCGGCCAUGAGAGAUAAAUUUUGAGAUAAGUUGUGUUGAUGUUCGACCUCUGCUCUUUGUCUGUCUGUCUGUCUGUCUGUCUGUCUGCAGCAGUUUGAGUCAUGUCGAGUUUCCUUCACCUUAGCUGGGACUGUGAGGACGUCACAUGGCCGGAUGGUGCAGAUUCUGGUCUCCCUCUCCAGCUUGCACUGGGGGUUCUUGUUAGUGAUCCUAGAGGAUAUGCCCAUCCCACAGCUGCGGGAGCACUGGGACCAUUCAGUGGUCUGAACUGGACACUUCUUCUCCUUCAGAUUAUUCCACACUGUGGAAGAGUGAAGACAGGGACAAAAACUAUAACACUAGUCAGGCCAGCAGCUUGCAUCCUGGAGUUAGGACCACUUAUGGGCACACAGGAUAACUCACGAGUAAGAA